AUGACUGCAUCAAAUAGUAUAUUAGAUUUGCCAACAAGAAAUGAACUUCACAAAUUCACAUCUUUUGAACAUUGCGUAGCUGGAAUUAUCUACGCACUUCUCGGUUGCUUUGUCUUCGCAACAUGUGGAAUCUGUAUGAUCCUUCUCACAAGACAAAGCCCCAAACCAAGGAGGAAAUACGCAAUUCUUAUUCAUAUCCUUAUCACAGCUAUGGCUGUUAACGGAGGAUUUGCUGCUCAUGCCUCAUCCAGCAUUGCUGGCAGAUGGCUUUAUGGCAGCAUUGGUUGCCAAUUAAUGGGUUUCUGGGGAUUCUUUGCUGGGAUGUCCCACAUUUGGUUACUUUUUGCAUUUGGAAUGGAACGCUAUGUUGCUGUAUGCCACCGUGAAUUCUAUAACCAAAUGCCGUCUAUUUAUUACACAGUAAUAAUUGCAUUGAUGUACAUUUUUGGAACCUUUUGGGCAACAAUGCCUUUACUUGGAUGGGGAACAUAUGGCCUGGAAGUUCAUGGAACUUCUUGUACUAUCAACUACAGUUUAUCUGACGAGAGCUACCAAUCUUUUAUCUUUUUCUUGGCUGUAUUUUCGUUUGUCUUUCCCAUGAUUUCUGGUUGGUAUGCCGUCACUAAGGCUUGGUCCAGUUUGAGUUCAAUUCCAGACGCUGAAAAGGAGAAGGACAAAGAUAUUCUCUCAGAAGAACAAUUAACUGCUAUUGCUGGGAUUUUUAUCCUCAUCUCCAUGAUUUCAUGGUCAGGUUUUGGCUACGUUGCAAUCUACAGCGCUAUUACCCAUGCAGGAGCCAGCCUCAGUCAUUUGGCGGGUCAUAUGGCACCACUGAUGAGUAAAACUGGAUGUGCCUUAUUCCCGAUUCUCAUCUUUAUUGCUACUGCCCGUACUCUUCCUAAAAUUGACACUAAGAAGCCCUAA